CCAUGUUCUGUGUACUGUGGGAGACCAGAUAUAGUGAAUGCAGGGUCCGGGGAGAGCGGAUAUAGUGAAUGCAGGGUCCGGGGAGCGGAUAUAGUGAAUGCGGGGUCCGGGGAGGCCGGAUAUAGUGAAGGCAGGGUCCGGGGAGGGUCCGGGGAUAUAGUGAAUGCAGGGUCCGGGGAGACCGGAUAUAGUGAAUGCAGGGUCCGGGGAGACCGGAUAUAGUGAAUGCAGGGUCCGGGGAGACCGGAUAUAGUGAAUGCAGGGUCCGGGGAGACCGGGGAUAUAGUGAAUGCAGGAAUGCAGGUCCGGGGAGACCGGAUAUAGUGAAUGCAGGGUCCGAAGAGACCGGAUAUAGUGAAUGCAGGGUCCGAAGAGACCGGAUAUAGUGAAUGCAGGGUCCGGUG